CCACGUCACGUAUAAUAUUGGGUUGGCGAUUCGCAGCGAUGGCGACUCGAUUCUUCUACGGGACGUAUUGAAACUGGCCUCGGAUAUGACAAAUGUAUUUCCUAACGUGUAAUUUAUUGCAAACCCAGUGCACGGAUCUUCAUCUGGAUCAUUAACGUUUCUAUUGUCAUUGCUUUCUCUCUGGAUCAUCAGGAUAGCACCUCAUCUGUUGCUUGUUCUCUUUCGACUUAGAUUUGGGGUCCAGUGAAGAAGGCCUGUGUUCCUUGUCCAGUGACCCACACUCCUUCACAAGGGCCAUGAGUGUUACCCCAGCCAUGCGGACGAACAGGACACUGAGCUUGGCUCCCAGACAGCAUUCAGUUGAUGGGAUGGUCGCACUGAGCCUGCUGCCCCAGCCAUGUCUUUUAUCUGCAAUGUCUACGGACCACCCUAAUCUCUCUUUGUCCUUGCCAGUAUUGCCAUUAUGUUCUCACUAGACUGAACUCCUAUUGUGUCCUAGCCUUUCCGCCCAUGGGCCCCAGGGUGCUGCUGAAACGGACCGGGACAAAGCAAAGAGCACAGGGCCCUGUUUCAGAAGGCAGUUUAAACAUUUUUUUAUACAAUUUAGUCCCUGAAUAAAAACUAUUUAACUGCUUACGUGUUCAUGCCUCACAUUACCAUCAAAGAAAUGUCCUCUGUGGGUUUCUGAAAUAUGCUCAUUAAAUUGAGAAGUAUGGUAUGCAACAUCAAAGAGCUCCUCACGUGUGGCACAGACGGAUACCAAUAGAAAUCAAAGGGGUACAUAAUUGGAUCCAGCCACCCAAAUUACAUUUAGACCUGUAAUUAUUUAAGACACUUGGUUGUAAAAGGAUUACUUAUGAUAUUUUGUACUUGGCGUAGUGUGCUCUGUAGCCGGUAUCUGUUUCUGGCUCUGAACUGGGUUACACAGACAAACUUUAGUACCAUGCCAGGCUGUCAGCCAAGGGUGAGGUACUCUCCGCAAGGGACUUGGGCCUGGUGUGUGUGGAGGAUUGAGAGAUUGCACAGGGAUGAUUUAAGACCACACACCUAUUUAUAGUUUGUUUUAGUAUCAACACUCCUCUGAUUACAUUUGGCUUCAUCAUUGGCUGUUUGUGAAAGCCUAUUCAAUUAAGUUACUGUUAGAUGUAUGGUUAAAUGUGGGAGUGGUUGGAGAAUGGCUACAGUCGAUGCUGGUUGUAACCAGUGAAUGGGGAUAGUAGUGGACUAUUGAGUUAUUUUACAAGACAACGGACAUUCCACAUAAUCAACAACAUAUUUUCUGAUUGGCAGGAGGAGGAGGGGCCGCAGAGCAUGGAAUGUAUCCAGGCCAAUCAGAUCUUCCCCAAGAAGCCCCCAGUCCUGGAGGAGGGGAGCCUGCAGGUGCCCUUUCCCGAGCUGCAUGGGGAGUUCACAAAGUACGUGGGGAGAGCGGAGGAUGCAAUCAUCGCCAUGUCCAGCUACCGCCUCCACAUCAAGUUCAAAGAGUCCAUCGUAAAUAGUGACAGUUGUUGUGAGGUGUCAGUCCCUCUGCAGCUCAUAGAGACUGUGGAGUGUCGUGACAUGUUCCAGCUCCAUGUGACCUGCAAGGACUGUAAGGUCGUCAGGUGUCAAUUCUCCACCUUAGAGCAGUGUCAGGAGUGGCUGAAGCGGCUGAACGCUGCGGUCCGCCCUCCGUCUUGCUUGGAGGACCUCUUCUCCUUCCCCUUCCAUGCCUGGUGUGUGGACGUGUAUGCCGGGGAGAAGGAGCAGCACGGGGAGCUGUGCAGGCCAGGAGAGCAUGUGACCUCCUGGUUCAAGAAUGAGGUGGAGAGGAUGGGCUUUGACACUCAAAACGCCUGGAGGAUAUCUGACAUCAACAGCAAGUUCAGGCUGUGCUCCAGCUAUCCGCAGCAGCUCCUGGUGCCAGCCUGGAUCACAGACAAGGAGCUGGAGAACGUGGCAGCCUUCCGCUCCUGGAAGAGGUUCCCGGCCGUUGUGUUCAGGCACCAGAGCACUGGGGCUGUGAUCGCCCGCUGCGGCCAGCCGGAGGUCAGUUGGUGGGGCUGGAGGAAUGCAGACGACGAGCACCUGGUCCAGUCCAUCGCCAGGGCCUGUGCUGUGGACUGCAGCUCCCGCAAACACCUGGCAAACGGAUCCUACAUCAAUGGAACCAAUGGAAUCAUCGGCACCAAUGACCUCGUGGACACUGACUUCGAAUCGUCCCUGACGAACAGCUCGGAGGUAGAGACGCUGGCCAUCCUGCCACAAAAGCUGCUGAUCCUGGAUGCCAGGUCCUAUGCAGCCGCUGUGGCCAACAGGGCCAAGGGAGGGGGCUGUGAAUGCCCAGAGUACUACCCCAACUGUGAGGUGGUGUUCAUGGGCAUGGCCAACAUCCACUCCAUCCGCAAGAGUUUCCAGUCCCUGCGCUUCCUCUGCACCCAGAUGCCCGACCCGGCCAACUGGCUGUCUGCUCUGGAGAGCACCAAGUGGCUGCAGCAUCUAUCUCUGCUGCUGAAGGCUGCCCUGCUGGUGAUGAACGCUGUGGACCGCGACCACAGACCUGUUCUGGUGCACUGCUCUGACGGAUGGGACCGCACGCCCCAGAUCGCUGCCCUGUCCAAGCUCUUGUUGGACCCAUACUACCGCACCAUUGAGGGUUUCCAGGUGCUGGUGGAGACUGAGUGGCUGGACUUUGGCCAUAAGUUUGCUGACCGCUGUGGCCACGGGGAGAACUCAGAGGACCUGAACGAGCGCUGCCCGGUCUUCCUGCAGUGGCUGGACUGUGUUCACCAGCUCCAAAGGCAGUUCCCAUGCUCCUUUGAGUUCAAUGAGGCCUUCCUGGUGAAGAUGGUGCAGCAUUCCUACUCGUGUCUGUUUGGCACCUUCCUGUGCAACAGUGGGAAGGAGAGGGAGGACCGUCAGGUUCGGGAGAGGACCUGCUCCGUGUGGUCACUGCUGCGACCAGCCAACCGCGCCUUGAGGAACAUGCUCUACUCCUCCCACUCCGAGACUGUGCUCCACCCAGUGUGUCAUGUACGUAACCUGAUGCUGUGGACGGCAGUCUACCUUCCCAGCUCCUCCCCCACCACGCCCUCUGACGAGUCGUGUGCACCCUAUCCUGUGCCAGGUGCCAACCCUGAGGACACUCCCCUGGGCAGACGUCCGAAGACCCGUUCCUUCGAUAACUUGCCCAGCGCAUGUGAGCUGGGGAGCUCGCUUGCCCCCAACCGGCGCUCCAGUGACCCAAACCUGAAUGAGAAGUGGCAGGACCACCGGCGCUCUCUGGAGCUCAACAUCGUUAUGGAGCCUGACGGAGGGGGAGCUCAGGAAGGGCGUGCUAACGGCCAGCCUGGAUCAGCAGGGCCUCAGGCAGGCACGGCCGACUCUGAGCCGGAAGACAGCCCUGAAGGAGGGCAGAUUGAGCUGAGAGACAGAGCCUCCAAGGGGUUGUUAGCAGCAGGAGAAGAGCUUGAGCUCUCAAUUGAGCUGGCUGUGGCAGAGGGACAGAUGGAGAACAUUCUCCAGGAAGCAACAAAGGAGGAGGUUGGUGCCGAUACUCAGAGAGAAGCUAACGCUGCUGCUCCUCCUAUUGCUGUGGCUCAAACUCUAUUUGAUGCUAAUGUUAAUGGAAGAGAGACGGAGAAAGAGGCCAGCACCAGUGAUGGUAAGGCUGAUAAACAAAGUAACAUCAAUGGGGCUGAGAAUCAGACGGAGGCUACUAUCACUAAUGGGCAUCACCCAGAGAAGGGCACAGAUGAACCUGAGGAGGAGUCUAGUGUCUCUCCAGGCAGUCCCACAGACGUUCCAGAGGAGCAGGAGGUGGACGUUCCAGAGGAGCAGGAGGUGGACGUUCCAGAGGAGCAGGAGGUGGACGUUCCAGAGGAGCAGGAGGUGGUAGAGAAGCAGGAAGAAGUGCUGGUGAAGCAUGUUCUGGAGAACCGUACUGCCCAGGAGGAGCCAGACCACAACCCUAGCACCAGCACCCCCAGCCCAGCCCACGCUGCACUUAGAACUAUGAUCAACGGCUUUGGAGAGAGGACACCAGUGGCUGCUGAGAAUCACCUUCCACCAGAGCUGAAGUCCAGCAGACAUCUCUCAGAGGUCCUGGUGCAGGCUGACAAGAGGGCCUCCCUCAUGGAGAGCUCAACAGAGACUCUGACUGAAGAGGCCUGCACCAGGCCAGAGGCCCCAGGGCAGGUACCCAUCUGUGCAGGCCCCCAGCCCUGCUCUGAAGGUAGGAGUCAACCCCCCUGCCACAGGAGAGUGAACGGGGAGGCAGAGCCAGAGCAGGGGGCACCCAGGACUUCAAAUGGAGGACACAAGCGGCCCUCCGUCAGUGCCUUCCAGUCUUUGAGUGCUGAUCCCAGCAGGGAGGGACCGUGUAAUGGUGAGAGCUUGGAGGGGGAGCCCUGCAGUGGCCCUCACUGGGCCAAGGUGAAUGGGGAGCGGGCCCCACUGAGCCGGCAGGUGUCCCUGGCCUCCUGCAGCUCCCUGACCCACCACCGCCGGGGCAGCUGCUCCCAGCACCGCUGCCUCCAUGCCCUACUGGGGCGCCCUGCCGCCACACCCAGCCCCGAGCAGCCGGCCCGCAGUCACCUGGACGAUGACGGGCUGACGCUCCACACGGACGCCAUCCAGCAGCGGUUGAGGCAGAUCGAGGCAGGCCACCAGAUGGAGGUGGAGAUGCUGAAGAAGCAGGUGCAGGAGCUGUGGAGCCGCCUGGAGAGCCAUCACCACGCAGCGUCCCUCAGGAUCAACGGAGAUCUGGGAGACGAAGUGACCUCAAUGACAGACUCUGAGUAUAACCUGGAUGCUAGCUGCCUGUCCCGCUGCAGCACAGAGCUCUUUUCUGAGGCUAGCUGGGAGCAGGUGGACAAGAAUGACACUGAGGUGACCCGCUGGUACCCGGACCACUUGGCAGCCCAGUGCUACGGGUGUGAGAGUAGGUUCUGGCUCGCCACCAGGAAGCAUCACUGCAGUGACAGGGAGCCUGUCCAAGAGGUCUGGAACUGUGGGAAUGUAUUCUGUGCCAGCUGCUGCGACCAGAAGCUACCCGUGCCAAGCCAGCAGCUGUUUGAGCCCACCCGUGUUUGUAAGACCUGCUACGGCAGCCUCCAGAUCAAUACAGCUCCCAAUCCCAUGGAACUGGAACUGGAGGAACCCAUCACAGCCAGCUCCAACUAGGGCCCUGGGAGGGGCAGGGCCGAGCCCCCCAGCCAAUACUCAGCUAGCCACUGACACGGUCAGGCAUUCUACUGAUGAGCUCAGGACCUGCAG